AUGAGGAAGAUGCACAGGGAGCAGGAGGAGGCCACAGCGGCUUCCUCGGAGGCUCCUCGACCUCCGACAACCCCGGAAUCCAAGCGCGAGUCCACAGUCCCAGUCGCUCCCGAAACCCUAACCUCGGCGGCGGCGGCGGCGGGGGAGUCUCCCCGACCUCUGGCAAACCCGGAAUCCGAGUCUCCGGUACCAGUCGCUCCCGAAACCCUAACCGCGGCGGGGAUGGGGGCGGCGGCAGUGAGGCUGGUUAAGGGGCGCGAGAGGAAGAAUCAGGUGGCGCCGCCGGCAUCUCCAUUAAUGGAGGAGCCCGUGCGCAAGGAGGAAAAGAGGCGCAAGAAAAGGAAGAAUGGAGAGGCCGCAGUGGUGAUUCCAUCGCCGCCCACUCCUGCUGUGGCCCAAAACUUGCAGAUGGAAAGCAAGGUGACGGCAGAGGGGGCAGCGGUGAGGAAGAAGCAGAGGCGGCGGAAGGUGGAGCACGAGCAAUCCGGGCAGCCACCAUUUCCCAUUGAUGUCCAUCCACAGGCAGGGGAAGAAGCUGGUGCUGGUGGUGGCGUCAUGGGCAGUCAGUGUGUCAAGAGGAGCAGCAGCAAGAAGUCCCCAGUCUUGAAGCAGCAGCCGCCACUGCCCCAAGGCUUUUUCCCUCCCAUGGCCAAUCCCAAUUCCAUUGAUCAGGACCCCAAUUAUUCCUCACCUUUUGGUGCAUUCUUUGCCCAAUUCGCCUACAAACCUGAUCGCCGGAAAGAUGGCAAUGGUCCGCCGCUUCCUAAUACCGUUGAUCGCCCUGUGAGGCUGCCUCCUCAAGGCCACCCAUCAUCUGGGUCUUCUCUGCUCACUGCAAAAGAGACCUCCAAGGCUGCCAGGACAACAACCUCGAACACCAAGCAACCAUGCCCAGCCUCAGCAUCAACCUCAGGUUCACAAGAAGAGGUAAGGAUCAAACGGAAGGAAAAGCCCGAGAAUAAGAUGACAAGGGAGAUGGCGGUGAGGGAGUCUCCCUGUCCUCUGGCAAACCUGGAAUACAGGUCCGACUCCCUGGUCCCAGUCUCUCCUGAAACCCUAACCUCGGCAGAGAUGAUAACGGUGGCACUGAGGCAGGUUAAGGAACGCGAGAGGAAGAAUCAGGAGGUGCUGCCGGCAUCUCCAUUAAUGGAGGAGCCUGUGCGGAAGGAGGAAAAGAAGCGCAAGAAAAGGAAAAAUGGGGAGGCUGCAGUGGUGAUUCCAUCGCCGCCCACUGCUGCUGUGGCCCAAAUCUUGCAGAGGGAAAGCAAGGUGACGGCAGAGGGGGCGACGUUGAGGAAGAAGCAUAGGCGGCGAAAGGUGGAGCAGGAGCAAUCUGGCCAGCCACCAUUUCCCAUUGAUGUCCAUCCACAGGGAGGGGAAGAAGCUGCUUCUGCUGGUGGCGUCAUGGGCAGUCAGUGUGUCAAGAGGAGCAGCAGCAAGAAGUCCCGGGUCUUGAAGAAGCAGCAGCCACUGCCCCAAGGCUUUUUCCCUCCCAUGGCCGAUCCCAAUUCCAUUGAUCAAGAUCCCAAUUAUUCCUCACCUUUUGGUGCAUUCUUUGCUCAAUUCGCCUACAAACCUGAUCGCCGGCAAGAUGGCAAUGGUCCGCCACUUCCUAAUACCGCUGAUCUCCCAGCGAGGCAGCCUCCUCGAGGCCACCCGUCAUCUGGCUCUUCUCUGCUUACUGCAAAAGAGGCCUCCAAGGCUGCCAGGACAACAACCUCGAACACCAUGCAACCAUGCCCAGCCUCAGCAUCAACCUCAGGUUCACAAGAAGGGGUAAGGGUCAAAGGGAUGGAGAAGCCUGAGAAGAAGAUGACAAGGGAGAAAAAGCCAAGGCAGCCACUGCCAUUACUUAGUGCUGCCGAGAAGCGUUCAGAUAAAUACCGUCGCCUGUCGCUGGAUCAGCUGGUGCCCCCACCGUGCUCCCCCCAUAAGCUAUUGCAGGAGAAUUAUGCUUCUGACCCCUGGAAGGUCAUUGUAAUAUGCAUGCUCCUCAACUUAACACAGGGAAAACAGGUCAGGAAAAAAGUGAAGGGCUUCUUCAAGCGCUAUCCUGAUCCUCAGACUGCAUAUACAGCUGAUCCCGAAAAGAUGGCAAAGUAUCUAGCACCUCUUGGAUUGCAGCGUGUGAAAACAAACAGAAUCCAGAAAUUCUCUAAGGCUUAUGUUGGGGAAGAAUGGACCUAUAUCACUGAGCUUUGUGGUGUCGGCAAGUAUGCGGCUGAUGCUUAUGCAAUCUUUUGUGCUGGAAGGGCAAAUGAAGUGGUUCCAAAAGAUCACAAGUUAGUUGAUUACUGGAAUUAUGUCUGUUUUGAGUUACCCUCAAUUCAGAAAUCGCAGGAUGCGCAGGAGGCUGGAGUGAUGGGGCUAGGAAACAUUGUCGCUAAGGUGCAGGAAGUUGCUCCUGUAAGUAAAGCUUCAAUGCUGGUUAAGGUGGGCCUUGCAUUGAUUUGCUCCAGGAGCUAA